AUGGCCAGACCCAAAGUGACACCCCUUGGCCUCACUGGCCAAUCCUUACAGCUGGCCCAAAUUGCUCUCAUUGUGGCCCCGGCAUUUGUCCUCUUCGGUUACAAUCAAUCCGGCCUAGGACCACUGGCAACCUUGGAAAGCUGGGUCCAUACGUUUCCCGAGAUCGAUACGGUCAAUACCACUGGCGCACAGGCAUCCCAUAACUCCACCAGCAAGGGUGCAGUCAUUGCGUCGUUCCAGAUCGGUGCACUGAUCGGGGCCUUUUCCUGCAUGUUCAUUGGGGACCGUCUGGGCCGUAGAAAGACAGUCUUCGUGGGCGCGAUCCUGACGAUAGUCGGACAGGUUCUGCAGGUGGCUGCCUUUCAGCUGGUCCAAUUUGUCCUUGGCCGCAUUAUCCUGGGUGCUGGUGUGGGCCAGUUCAGUGUUGCGGUGCCAAUCUGGCUCUCAGAGUGCUCCGAGGCCAGCAGUCGAGGCCGUCAUGUUAUUCUGGCGGGCAUCUUUAUGUGUCUGGGUUAUGCCCUUUGCAACUGGCUAGACUUUGCCUUCACCUUUCUGCCAUACUCGACUCUACAAUGGCGGAUCCCGCUAGCUCUCUCCUUCGCUCCCUCUCUUGUGAUUACUUUAUUUGUCUUUCUCAUUCCGGAAUCCCCGCGCUGGCUUGUGCGAGUCAACCGUACGAGUGAGGCACUGACCUCCCUUGCCGCCUACAAGGGCGUUCCUGAGACCAACGAGGCCGUCGCGGCUGAGAUUCACGGGAUCCAGUCCUCUUUGGAAACCAGUGAUAAGGUUUCUCUCGUGGAUAUCCUUCUCCGUAAAGACGACCAGGAUCGUCUGCUGUACCGAUUGCUCCUCUGUCUCGCACUGCAGUUCUUCCAGCAGAUGUGUGGCGGCAAUCUGAUUUCGGUGUAUGCCUCUACCAUCUUCGAAGACAAUCUGGGCAUGACCGCCAAUCUGGCCAAGAUUCUGGCGGCCUGCGCGCUCACGUGGAAGUUUCUCUGCUGCUUCAUUGCAUUCUUUUGCAUCGACCGCCUGGGCCGCCGGACCGUGUUCAUCAUCAGCGGCACCGGAAUGAGUCUUUGCAUGGCUGCGUUGGCGGUCACGACCAGCUUCGGAACGAGUGAUAAAGGAGCUUCCAUUGCGUCCGCCACGUUCAUUUUUCUGUUCAACCUCUUCUACCCCAUUGGCUUUCUGGGGGGUAAUUUUCUUUACUGCACGGAAGUAGCGCCCAUCCAUCUGCGUACCGCCAUGAACUCGGUGUCCACCGCAAACCACUGGCUGUGGAACUUUGUGGUGGUCAUGAUUACCCCGGUCGCAUUGGAUACCAUCGGUUAUCGCUACUACAUUAUCUACGCUGUCAUUUCGGCGUGCAUCCCGGUCAGCGUCUUCGUCUUCUACCCGGAGACCAUGAAUCGCAAUCUGGAACUGUUGAAUCAUGUGUUCCGGGACGCUCUCACGCCGUGGAAGGUCGUAUCCAUGGCUCGUCAUCUACCUCAAGGAGAGGUGACAGAGGCGGAACUGUUCCAGAGGGAUCAAGAGAAGCAAGACGUUGCUUUUGAAGAAAGGGAAAAUGCCUGA